AUGCCCCAGACGCUGAGCUCCACCACUAUGUUCACCCCAUGUGGCUUCAGCCCUCAUCUACAUACUUCAAAAGAAGAUGAACAAGGCGGACUGAUCUUCCAGGAUGGAAACCUUACCUCAGCAUCUCUGGAUGCUCUAAUCCAGCAUCUCAUACCUACCACUGAUUACUACCCUGAAGCACGGAUCAGAAAGUUUGGACCCAAAAUCUUACAGUUGCUGACAGAGUGGACAGAGACCUUCCCGUAUGACUUUCAGGAAGAGCGGAUGAUUGGCCACCUGAAAGACAUGAUUCACAGGAUAGCCCCGUGUGAUGAGGCCUACUGGAAAAAGAUGAAUCAGCUUCUACAAACCCUGAAUCAGAAGCUUGCAACCCUCAGCCACGGGCAAGAAGGGAUUGUCAAGAUCAGCGCUGCUGUCUCUGAUAAGCUGGUUGCCUUUAAAAGCAAACCUCCAUCGAUUCAGCGAGAAAUCCUGAGCGUCUGCAGUGACCCUUACACUCUGGCUCAGCAGCUGACACAUGUGGAGCUGGAGAGGCUAAGUCACAUUGGACCUGAGGAGUUUGUGCAGGCAUUUGUACAUAAAGACCCUCUGGAUGGCACCAAGAGUUGUUUCGGUGAGCAGAAGAAGACGAGCAACCUGGAGGCCUACGUGAAAUGGUUCAACCGGCUCUGCUAUCUCGUGGCAACAGAAAUCUGCAUGCCUGCAAAAAAGAAGCAGCGAGCACAAGUCAUCGAGUUCUUCAUUGACGUUGCCCGGGAGUGCUUUAACAUAGGGAAUUUUAAUUCGCUGAUGGCAAUCAUUUCUGGAAUGAACAUGAGUCCAGUUUCCAGGCUAAAGAAGACUUGGUCAAAAGUGAAAACAGCCAAAUUUUUCAUUCUUGAGCACCAGAUGGACCCUACUGGUAACUUCUAUAACUACAGAACAGCAUUGCGGGGGGCUGCUCACAGAUCACUCACCGCACACAGCAACAGGGAGAAGAUUGUGAUCCCCUUCUUCAGUCUGUUGAUCAAAGACAUUUAUUUUUUGAACGAAGGAUGUGCUAAUCGCCUUCCGAAUGGACACGUCAACUUUGAAAAAUUUCUGGAACUGGCUAAGCAAGUGGGAGAAUUUAUAACGUGGAAGCAGGUGGAAUGUCCCUUCGAACAAGACCCGAACAUCAUCCACUACUUGCACACUGCUCCCAUUUUCACCGAGGAUGGUUUGUACCUGGCUUCCUAUGAAAGUGAAAGUCCAGAAAACCAGACGGAAAAAGACAGGUGGAAAUCCUUAAGAUCCACUAUUUUGGGAAAGACUUGA